AUGGUUGCAGCAGCGGAGGGGGAGGAGGAAGGGUACCGGAUAAUUAAGUCGCUGACAAAGAGUGAUGUGAAUGGGGCUUCUAGGCUUUUGCUACCUAGACAAGAGGUCAAGAAUUACGUAUUGCGAUUCGUGAAAGAGGAAGAACAAACUAUAAUUUGCAAUGAAAUACGAGGAGUGGAUGUUACUGUAUAUGAUGUGGAUACACACACAGAGCAUAUUUUGACACUCAGGAAGUGGCCAGCAACUAAUAGCUUUCAACUGGUUAAAGCAUGGACAAGAGAGUUUGUAAAGAGAAGGAAUUUGAAAGAAGAUGAUGUCAUUUGGAUUCGAUGGGAGACAAAAAAUUACAGAUUUUGCUUUGGAGUUCAUACGAGGAAUCAAGUUGAUGCUCUAUGA